CAUAAAAUGUAUAUGUACUGCUUUUUAACACUUACAUAUGGUGUGCAAUCCAACAGUAAAUUCUGCUUACACAAAGAAAGUAAGCAAAAUGUGACAGCAGCCUGACUAAACAGACAACUACAACAUUACGCAACUCUAAAAGUGCAGAUUAAGCUACCAUGACUUCUCCAGGAAAGCAGAAAUCGUUAGCCUCAGGGGUUAAAAUGCAAUGCAGUCACAGAAACAUGUGACAGCAGUGGAAAAGAAAGAAGAGAACUGUCUGAAAACAGAAUUGCAACCAAGAACAAAUCAAAAGUUUGAUCGGACUAAAAGACUAAAGAGUGUACGAUGAUGUGGAGGUGAAGCAUUAAAGUGUCUGGUUAGUGGUUUAACACACAAAAGCGGUUGUUUGAAUCUUGGACCAAGAGCAAUUUCCAGCAUUACAUUGGCUGUCUGUGAGCAUUGAGAAGGACACAAAAGCAUUUUCUCCACAAAAAUGGCCACAGAGGAUCCCAAAGACAGAUUCAAAGCUGUGUGGUUGAUUCUCUUCAUGCUUGGAUUAGGGACUUUACUGCCAUGGAAUUUCUUCAUGACUGCCACUAUGUACUUCAACCACCGUCUAGCCGACCCUGCUCCAGCCAACACGACCAUAGGAGAGAGUCGAAAUGCCCUGCAAGCCAAAUUCAACAACGCAAUGACGCUGUGUGCCAUGAUCCCUCUGCUGAUCUUCGCCUGCCUCAACUCCAUCGUACACCAGAGAAUUCCUCAGAAGAUAAGGAUUCUGGGUAGUCUGGUGUUCAUCUUGGUGGUGUUUUGUGUGACUGCCAUCUUGGUUAAAUUGUCUAUUAAUCCCUUGCCCUUCUUUGUGAUUACUAUGAUAAAGAUAGUCAUUAUUAAUGCAUUUGGAGCUAUUCUACAGGGCAGUCUCUUUGGCAUGGCUGCUGCGUUGCCUGAUGGCUACACGACCCCCAUCAUGAGUGGUCAGGGUCUGGCUGGAACCUUCGCUGCAUUUUCUAUGAUCUGCGCCAUUGCAAGUGGUUCUGAUCUAAUGGACUGCGCGUUUGGCUACUUCAUCACAGCCUGUGUGGUUAUCAGCCUCGCUAUUCUGUCCUACAUAAUCCUCCCCAAACUGGAAUUUUACCGAUACUACCUCGAGAAGCGCCAGAACAAUCGAGCACUACAAGAGGAGAAAAAAAUCAAACUAUUGAAAAAUGGGGACACCAGUGGAGAGAUGAGCACGAGUGAAGAGGUUCAGCAAAAACCCUCGCUUCUGAGCAUCUUUAAAAAGAUCUGGGUGAUGGCUCUGUCUGUGUGCUUUGCCUUCACCAUCACCAUCGGCAUGUUUCCCGCCGUCGCCGUGGACGUCAAAUCCACCAUUGCUAAAGGAGGACUUUGGGAGAAAUACUUCAUUCCUGUGUCUGGUUUCCUGCUCUUUAACCUGGGUGACUGGCUGGGACGGAGCCUGACUGCUGUGUGUUUGUGGCCAGGGAAGGACAGCAAACUGUUGCCGGCGCUUCUGAUAGCGCGCCUGAUCUUCGUGCCUCUCUUCAUGCUGUGUAACGUCCAGCCACGCUACAGCAUGCCUGUCUACUUCUCACACGAUGCCUGGUUCACCGUCUUCAUUAUCCUCUUCGCUUUCUCCAACGGCUACCUGGCCAGCCUCUGCAUGUGUUUUUGCCCCAAGCUAGUGGAUGCACACGAGGCAGAGACAGCUGGAGCCAUCAUGGCCUUCUUCAUGUCUCUUGGUCUUGCCCUUGGCGCGUCGAUCUCCUUCCUGUUCCGAGGGGUCAUCUGAGGUCAGCGUUUCACCUCGUGGGAUAUUUAAAGACGUCUAUCCUAUAUAGGAGUAAUUAGUAAAAAAUUUGCAUUUUGUCUGAUUUGUUUUAUAUAAUCUUCUGAUCAGUUUAAGGGUGAUUGGGGAUGUGAGAAUGUAGUAUUGCUUGAAUGAAGGGUGUAAUGGCUGAGCAGUCUGACAGUCGGACACCUUGAAUCUCAAUGACACUGUCCCACAUGAUGGGAUAAAAGUUUUUUAAAUAAUAGUAUUUGUACAUUUUUUUUUGUGAACACUAAUAAACACAUUCUUUUCUAAUUUAAUACAGUGAUUUUCAUUACAAAUUAUAUUACUGACAACAAAUUAUAUUAUUGGCACGGACUCCACACGUUUGUGCAAAACCUCAUGAUCCAUUUUAGAUCAAAUCUUUCGGCGUGUUGUCUGAACACGUAGGAGCCUAGAAAUAGUGCAGAAUAUUGAAUAUUAAACAUUCAAGAUACUGAACAUUUACUUUCUUUGGCUCUGGGUUACUGAUCAGAAGGUCGUGGGUUCAAGCCUCAGUACUGUAAUGUAUUUGUGACAAAACAAAUAUAUGUACAUAUCAAAUAAAAACAUGCUGUUUAA